AUGGACAUCGAGGACAAUACGGUCACCCUAGCCGCGGGAGGGCGCGUCGCGGGAGAUGUGAUCGUUGCGGCGGAUGGAGUCAUGUCUACGCGGAAAGGGAAAAUAUGCACGCCUGAGGCAGCCAAGGCCCAGUGUACUGGCGAAGUCGCCUAUCGAUCUAGCCUUCCUCGGGAUGUUCUCGAGUCGGACGAAGAACUACACGUUGGGACUGACCUUCGCGAGACAUCGUUGCGUAUCCCGUGCGAAAUCACCAGCUGCUCAACGUUGUUCUCAUGCAUCUGGAUAACGGGCAAGCCGAAGAGUCAUGGACGUCCGUGA